AUGUCAGAUUACCCGGAAUCUCCGUUCAAAGACGUCCUGCACACAAACCACAUCCCCUCCGCAUCUGAAAUCGUUCAAAUAAACGAACACAUCCGAGCUCCAAAACAGCGUCUCACCGAAGUCGACGCCGAGCGAACCCACCUCCUUACCGUCCUACGAACCCUCUCCAAAGAAAAGACCGCCCUCGAACGCUACAUCCUCCCGCACGCCGUGCUCAUCUCCCCCAUCCGGCUGGUACCAGACGACGUACUCCGCGAGAUAUUCCUCCACUGUCUUGCCCACCCCUACGCAUCAACGAUGGACGCACACCGACCUCCUCUCCUCCUCGGACGCGUUUGCAGCCGGUGGCGUACGCUCCUUUACGCUACAUCAGCUAUGUGGGCGAAUUUCAACAUCGCCAUUGGCUCACGGGGACCGAACUUCAACGGAAGAGACGGGUUAGGCAUCCAGCAGUGGCUCUCCCGUCCGCGUGAGGUCGUGCUGUCCAUUAGUGUGCGCAAGCGCGCGCUGGACAUGUCGAGGUGGGCGCAGGACACACUCAAAGCGUACCUGGAUAAAAUCUUCCAGUUCUCGGAGAAGAUUCGCGAGAUGAGUGUGCAGCUGUACCCGGUCUCGACCUAUGGCAAAGCAGAUGUCGCGCAGGCGACCCUCCUCGAGCUCUGCUCGUCCGACCUCCCUUUACUGCGCAAAUUGACCGUACGCUUCGGCCCACACACCUAUACGGCCUCUGAACGCUGGGCGGGGACUGCGCUGUUCGCUGCACCGCAGUUGCACUCGCUCACACUCAUCAACAUGGGCCACCCGAUUGUCGAGACGAUGCCUGCGGAGAGCUGGGCACGCAUCACGUAUCUGGAUAUCGCGCUCCACCACGUGGACUGGACGCGGGGUAUAUCCGCCACGGAGGCUCACGAGCUGCUUUCGCAGUGCAGAAGUUUGAAGGUGGUUUAUAUGACGAUCGUUGACGAGGACGAAGGGAUCGACGCGGAGGGUGAGGUCGAGCAGCCCUUCCUCGAGACGCUCUCUAUAUCAGAGGACAGCGGGUCUAUAUACGGACUUCUGGAGCGUCUCGUGGUGCCUGCCUUGCGCCAUCUGCGAUACGUGGGCCGAUUGUGGGUUGAAUACCCCUCUCCCAUGCUGGUCCUCUUGGAGAACUACGGCGAAUCCGUGGAACAGCUGGAGAUCGACGUUUACACAUUGACUCUGGACGAUCUUGUGGGAUGCCUUCGCUUGCUUCCGAAUGCAACGCGCAUAACUCAAUUGGCGCGUUUCUCCAGUUGGCCGAUCGAGUUCCUUAACCCCCUCCGCACUUUUCUCGACCUUCUGAUCCUGCAAGCAGAUGCAGAACAACACCUUUGUCCAAAACUUUCCAACUUGACUUUUGAACAGGGCGUCUUCGGAACUGUCGACGUCCGGCAGGUCCUGGAGUUCCUCGAAAGCAGGAUGAAAACCUCCAUCUCCAACCUCCGAGAAGUUGCAUUCGGGAAUGUCUCUGGUAUCGACCUUGCAGAGGUUCCUCAAAUUCGGGAGUUAUUCCAGCCGUUCCUAUCUCGAGGGCUGAGAGUGUUCGUCAACUGCGAGGCGACUUUGCGUCGGAGUAGUAGCAUCCACGAGACCAUCUCAUACUUCAUGUGA